AUGCCACCGUUCGCCGUUAAUGUAGCUCUCCCUUCUGCAGGCGAGAGCUUUUCAUGGAAGUCUCAGGUGAAGACACUAGAAACGAUUCUUCCCACCCAAGAACCUGAGAUCGAGUCAAGGCCACCCUUCACCAUUGAUGAGCUUGUCCGACAACGCUCACAAGAAAUACCCAGAGAAGCAAUAAUCUCAUACCCCUCCUCAGGCCUCGAAUAUGUGGACUACACUACGCGGCAAAUCAACAUUUUUGCGCACCGUGUUGCUCAAAAAUAUAAAAUUCUUAUGCCACAAAGGUCAUCCUCAUCAGAUCCCGAAACCGUUGUGGGAUUGCUGGGUCCUUCAAAUUUCGAAUACUUCAUUAGCAUCCUGGCUUUGGCCAAGCUGGGCCACACGGUUCUCUUUAUGUCAACACGGAUAUCCAUUGCGGCCUACGUUUCCCUCCUGGAGACAACUGGGGCAAAGCAUAUUUUAAUUGACUCUUCAUUCCGCGAAACCGCUGCGCAGGUCAAGGAGACCUGCAAUUCCGUCGAAAUUCACGAGAUUACUGAAGCCGAGUCAUAUAACUUCCCGAUCGACGACGAAAACAUUGAUACCCGACUAUGUCAACAUCUCCAGCCAGAAGUUGAAUCCAAAAAGAUCUCAUGGAUCAUCCAUUCCAGCGGCUCGACGGGUUUGCCAAAGCCGAUUUACCAAACUCACAGUGCAGCCUUGAAUAACUACGCUUCGAACCUUAAUCUACGAGGUUUCAUCACACUUCCCCUCUAUCACGCCCAUGGAAUCAGCAGCGUCUUCCGCUCGAUCUAUUCGAAAAAGCAGAUCUACAUGUAUAGCGCAGGCUUACCGCUCACCUACCAAAAUCUUCUCAGCAUCAUGCAGAAGUACCGAUUUGAUAUCUUUUAUGGGGUUCCGUAUGCGCUCAAGCUUCUUGGAGAAAGCUCUGAGGGUAUUGAAGCGUUGGCGAAACCAAAGGUGGUGAUGUUUGGGGGAUCAGCAUGUCCGAAUGCUUUGGGUGACAAAUUGGUCGAUCAUGGAGUCAACCUGAUUAGCCAUUAUGGGACCACCGAAACUGGACAGCUCAUGACAUCUUUCCGAGAACCGGGUGACAAGGCUUGGGAUUACGUCCGUGCCGGAGAUGCCGUGAAGCCAUAUCUGCAAUGGGAAGAGCGCAAUCCAGGAAUCUUUGAACUCGUUGUCCUUGAUGGCUGGACCUCAAAGGUGGCAUCAAACCGACCAGAUGGCUCGUACGCUACCAAGGAUCUCUUCACUCCUCACCCCACGAUUCCGAACGCUUGGAAAUACUUCGCUCGUUUGGAUGACACCAUCGUUUUGGUGAAUGGCGAGAAGAUUGUUCCCAAUACAUUUGAGCAUUUAAUCAGGCAUGAGAAGCUAGUUGCUGAGGCUGUGUUGUUUGGUAGCGGGAAAGCUCGUCCGGGAUUAAUGAUCGUCCCCUCAGAAGCUGCAAAGGAUUUAUCAAAUGACGAUAUCCGGAGAGAGCUUGUCCCCGCUUUGAACGAGGCGAAUAAAGACAUGCCAGGCUACGCUCAGAUGACUCUGGAUAUGGUUGAAGUCCUGCCAGUGGGAUCUGAAUACCCUCGAACAGACAAAGGAACCGUGAUCCGAGCAGCCUUUUACCGGCAAUUCGAAGCCGAAAUCGAAAAAGUCUAUGACUCUGCCGAUGUUCCAUCUGGCGAGCUGUGCUUGUCGGAAUCAGAGCUGAAGGAAUACAUUCGUAUCGAGCUUCUUAAGAUCCUUCCUACCACGUCCUCGGGUCUUCUUGCUGAUGACACUGACUUCUUUUCAAUUGGCAUUGAUUCACUGCAAGCGAUUCAACUCCGAACUGUGCUCAGCAAGAAUAUUCAGACUAAUAAAACUAAGUUGGGGUUGAAUAUUGUUUUUGAUUUCCCUUCUAUCCAUGCAUUGGCUGAGGAGCUUUAUCGAAUGCGGACGGGUGGGGAGUCGGAUAUUGUUUCUGUUGUCGAUAAGAUGCAAGAGCUGAUCUCUAAGUACUCUGUUUUCGAGCCACAUGUUCCGGUGGAGAACAGUAAUGAAGGGAACUACCUGGUUGUAACUGGCGCAACUGGAUCCCUUGGUUCCCAUCUUGUCGCUCAACUCGUCCUUCGCGAAGACGUUAAGAAGGUCUACUGUUUAGUUCGUGCCUCGUCACCAGUCAAUGCACGCCUCCGAGUCAUACGCUCGAUGCGAGAGCGCUCUGUUUACCACUGCCUUGCACUUGAUGCCCGGAGGAAGAUCGCCGCAUUUCCAUCAAACUUCGGUGACGCCUCACUUGGUCUUAGUCCAGAGACGUACGCUGAGAUUGCAUCCAACAUCACUGGGCUUGUGCACUGCGCCUGGUCCGUCAAUUUCAACCUCAGUCUUGGGUCAUUUGAGGCCGAUUGCAUCGCAGGUGCCAACAACUUGCUCACACUCUGCUUGAAAGCGCAACGGACUGAACCCGCCACAUUCAACUUUUGCUCUUCAGUCAGUGCCGUCGCUCGUACGACGGGCGGAUUCGUUCCUGAAGCAUUACCGGAAAGUCUCGAAUAUGCUCAAGGAAUGGGAUACGCACAGUCGAAGCUCGUCACGGAACAUAUCUGCGUUGAAGCAGCGAAGUCGUAUCGCAUCAAGACACGAGUGUUGCGGGUUGGACAAGUCAUUGCCGACACUGUUCACGGAAUCUGGAAUGCCACCGAGGCCAUUCCAUUGAUGAUGCAAGCAGCGUUGACAGUUGGUGCCGUUCCCAAGCUCGAUGAGAGUCCAUUAUGGCUACCAGUCGACGUCGUUGCUUCCACUAUUUCGGACAUUUCUCUCGGAUCUGCUGGAGCAGGCGUAAUGAAUGUUGUGAAUCACCAAAGCUUCCACUGGACACGCGACCUCUUGCCAGCACUUCACAACGCUGGUCUCUCCUUCAAAGAACUCUCACAGAAAGAAUGGAUUUCCGCACUACGAGCCUCAAACCCAGACCCCGUCACAAACCCACCCAUCAAGCUCCUCGAAUUUUUCGUCAGCAAGUACGACAAUGAUCUCCCUCGAACUGGUCUUACCUACGAUACCUCUUACGCCCAAUUCCUCUCCCCAUCACUCGCUUCCGCACCAGUCCUGAGUCAAUCUCUUGUCUCCAAAUUCGUCUCCCACUUCCUCGCCACCUCGUGGGCCACCCCUUCUGCCUCCCUGGCGAAAAAGAGAAUCAUUGUGAUAUCUGGGCCCUGCGGCUCCGGCAAAUCCACACUCGCAACUGGCGUUUCGAAAGCCCUCAACAUCCCAUGGAUCGAAGGCGACAGUCUCCACUCCGCCUCCUCAAUUCAAAAGAUGGCAGCGGGAAUUCCACUCACAGAUCAAGACAGUUGGCUCUGGCUGGAGGCGAUCCAAGCUACCGCUCUGCUAAAGUUGAGGGAGGCUGAGGUGGAGAGUAUUGUGGUGACGUGCUCGGCGCUGAAGAGGAGUUAUAGGGAUGAGUUGAGGAAGAGCAGGGAUACGGGAGCUGUGUUUUUGAUGCUGGAGUCUGAGGCGAGGGUGUUGAGGGAGAGGCUUGGGGGGAGGGAGGGGCAUUAUAUGGGGACGGCGAUGGUGGAGAGUCAGCUUGAGGCCCUCGAGGGCCGGGGUGUGGAGGAAGGCGAUGUGGUGCCGAUCGAUGCAGCCGGGGAGAGGGGGGCGGUGUUGGAGGAGGUUUUAGGCAUUUUAGAGAGUAUAUAAACUCACUGGCUUUUCUUCCUUUGUUUUCUGGGGUUUUGUUGGGGAUGCAAGCAGGGGUCUAGGU